UUAGCCCUUGGUAGCUGAACUCUUACCUCGGCCCCGCCCACUCCGUUGACGCGCGUGUUAUCUGUGCAGCAUGGCUUCGUCUGCGAAAAAGAGAGCCGUGGGUUUGGGUGAAAAUCCCGAAGAUAGUGAUAACAGCUCGGAUGAGAAUGUGGAGGAGGAUGACGACUCCGGAGAUGAGGACAGCGAAGCAUCAGAGGAAGAGAUCAAUGAGGAAGUCAUGGUGGACUUUGAAGCCCACACAAUUUCAGACAGCGACUUCAAUGGCAUCAAGAAACUCCUGCAACAGCUCUUCCUGAAGGCCCAUGUAAAUACAUCAGAGAUGACGGACAUCAUCAUCCAACAGAAUCAUGUCGGAAGUGUCGUUAAGCAAGCUGAUGUGCCAGAGGACAGUGAUGACGACGACCCGAAUGAAGUGUUUGGGUUCAUCACUAUGCUCAACCUAACGGAGAGAAAGGGUGUACAGUUUGUGGAGGAGGUGAAGGAGCUGAUCUUGGAUCAGUGUGAGAAGAACUCCACCCACAGCUCAACGGUGCAGCUGGAGCAGAUCCUUGAAGACACCAGCAAGCCUGUGGGUUUCCUGCUGAGUGAGCGCUUCAUCAAUGUACCGCCACAGAUCGCUCUCCCUCUGCACAAACAGCUCCAGGAAGAAAUAGCUGAAGCUCAGAGGACGAAUAAACCCAGUGGGAGGUGCCACUAUUGUCUCAUGAUUAGCAAGACCUGCAAAGAGGCAACCAAGAGUAUCCCAGCGAGAGGAGGUGCUCCCAAAGAGGAAUACAUCUUUGUUAAUGCAGAGGAGGAAUUCUUCUAUGAGCAAGCCAUCAUGAAGUUCCACUAUUCAGUUCAGGAGGAGGCAGACUCAUGUUUGAGUGGCCGGUGGUCGUUUGACGACGUCCCCAUGAAGCCUUUCAGGACUGUGAUGCUGAUACCCGCAGACAGGAUGCCUGCCAUCAUGGACAAACUCAAAGAAUACCUAACGGUGUGAACUUAACAAUAAACCAAGACACCUAUGAACACACUUGAGAACAUUCAGGAUCAUGGAAAUGGUUCACUGCUCUUAAGACUCAACAGGAAAUAUUUUUAAUGGUUUCUUUUUUUACUCACAUAUGAUAGAUUUAGUUCUGAAGAAAUUAUGCAAAAGAAAAUCACAGCAAACUUUGUCUACAGUAAGCUUUAUGUUAAUGACAGCUGAAAUAUAUAAUGAGUCUAGUCUAGUACAGUAGAUGAACGUGUGUCAUUUACUGAUACUUUACUACAAUAAAUAACCAUUCUUGAUAUAUGA